AUGAGACCUCUCCGUCGUCUGCAUAUUGUCGUUGCUUGCGCUUUUUUCUUCAUACUCUACCUUGGCUGGGUAUGGCCUUCUCUGGAGGUCAAAACACGGCUACAAAAGGUCUUCUCUGGCUCUGCGCGCCGGAUAGUGGUGUUUGGUGAUGACUGGUCUGACAUUGGGACGUCUCCCAUUGCUGCUCCACGUCCAGAAUCCGUACUCAUACGAGAGCCCGCAAGUGGGAAAAUCUGGACCGAGUCUCUGAGUAAAAAGCUGCUCUGUGACACUAUCGACAACUUUGCUCGAGAUGGAUCUACCAUCGAGCAUAAAGAUGCAACGGCUAAUGGUCGACCGGCAGCCAGCUCUGGAAGACAUGUAGACUUGGAGGAGCAGGUACUCCAGUGGAUCGAACAUGAAAAACAGAGGAGCUCGGUACCAUCUGGACGAUACAAGAAGAAGGAGGAUACGCUUUUCACGAUAAUGUUUGGGCUCUGGGAUCUGCUCGACUACGUGCACCUGUCGGAGGAAGCAGGAAAGCGAGCGAUCGACUCUGCGGUCCUCGAGAUAUUUCAACAAAUGGACAAGAUCGUAGACCACGCGAAUUUUCCUGUUCGCAUAGUCUUGCCCUUCACGAUAGACAUCUCUCUGCUUCCUGGGUUCCCGAGUCAAGUAGCCAACUCUACCUCAGGACUAUCCUUGGCUCAACUGCAGCACCACGCGAUGUACUUGUCCACAUACUGGAAUACGGCGCUGAUGCGCGCGGCAAUGCAGUGGACUGGAGGCGACGUGUUUAUGCCAGACCUCAACCACUUUGUGGUGUCAAAUGUGCAGUCGAAACAGCUCUGGCAACUCAACCUCAGCGAUGCAUUUGGAAAUGGCCGACAGAGUCCCGUUUUCAACAACGUCGAGCUGCCGUGUUUAUUGCGGCCGGAUACACUGCCGUUUCUAGAAAACUUCCAGUCGGCCGGCGCAGCGUCGCAUGGAUCGCAGCAGCAAUGCGAUGAACCGACCAACCAUUUGUUCUGGGAUGAAAUGCACUUGUCAGGCAAAGCAAACCAGCUGUUUGGCGACGAAGCCGCGAGUCUUGUACAUGAAAACAAGACGAUCAAUGCCAAUGCGCGCCAUCAAAACAAUGCAGAUGGCGAAGCCGAAACGACAAACUUCACACUUAUUUUACCACCAGAGGAGUUGCGCUGA